UUGCCGUGUCUUUGAAUUUUGCUGUCCAAAAAUACCAGCAAAAUAAGAAAAUAAAAUACAGAGAAAGAUUGGAAAGAGAAAUGGCAAAAAAUAUUCUCUCAACCUCAAACCCCAUCCUACUACCUAGUUCAUCACCAUCCUCAUCCUCAUCAUCAUUUGUAAAACCAAUACAUGUUUGCUCCAAUCCGAUAAUCAAAAGCACUUUGAAGAGGGAAUUAACUCUUUGCAAAGCAACACCACACUCUCCAAUUGUUGUGACAAAGAGAGGCUUGUCCAUCAGCUUCAUCACCAGCUUUGUGCUUUCAUUGGCUGGUAAGAAGAAUGCAAAUGCAGCAAUACUCGAGGCAGAUGAUGAUGAAGAACUCUUGGAGAAAGUAAAGCGUGACAGAAAGAAGAGACUUGAGAAGCAAGGUGUGAUCAGUUCUUCCAAACAAGAAACAGGGUAUCUUCAAGAUCUGGUGUACAAGCUAAGCGCAGUUGGUCAAGCACUUGAAAAGAAUGAUCUAUCUGCUGCUGGUUCUGUCCUUGGAGGAAGCACCGAUGCAGAUUGGGUCCAAAGAGCUAAUAUAGCAUUCAAUAAAGAAAUGACAAACUAUGUACCAAUCACUCUAUUAAUCAGUUCAGAAGAGAAGACUGAGGUGGACGCAUUCAAUUCCUCAUUAGCUUCACUAAUUUCAUCAGUUUCUAAGAAAGAUGUUGAGUCCUCCAAAAUUGCCUUUGUCUCUUCGGCCACUGCAUUUGAGAAGUGGACUUCUAUGACAGGCCUUGCUGCUCAGCUUAAGGGCCUUUGAGGGAAAACAAUGUACAAAAGAUAUCAUUUCAUUUCAUCAUUUUGUGAUCAAUAUAGAGAAAUCCACUAAUUUUCCUACCCAUGUCACCUAAUUGUUGUCUUGGAAGCAGUCUCUUCACAGCAUUAUCUAGUACUACUUCAUAACGAUCAAUAAGCUCAUUCUUUGUUAACAAAGCUUGGGUUAAGAGUAGUGCCACUGAAAUUUGUAAUUUUGAUGUCAUUAUUUAAUGGCAUGUUCUGUUAUGUUGGCUCAUCUACCUUGACAAAUAAAGAACUUUUUAAGUUAUUGUAGUAGGGUGAUCUCUAUAUAUAUUAAAUCUGUUUAGCAGGGAAUUACCUGGCCUAUUUUUUA